AUGUCCAACAGACGGCAGUGGAUAUCAAAGGCUGAGGACGUGGCCGGUGAGGUGAAGUUAUUUUUAAGACACGUCUACCUCACUAAUAAAAUUACAAAUAUGUCCAUGUCCUACCGACAAUCGCGCGCUGGUGUCUGGUCUCCGUAUGAGGACGGCCUCCAUAUGUUGUUCCGGUGGUCACAGGAGAGGGACCUUUUGGACAGCCGCUGGAACUGCGGCUACGGGUUGGCCAUACUUUGUGUCUCAAUCAAUAUGUUGUCCCAAUUGACCGCAUCCGGGCUCGUGUUGAUCCGCUAUCACGUGAUCAUUGGGUGCGGCCUACUCUUCGGCACUGUUUGGCUUCAGCUAUAA